AUGAUCAGUCACCAGUGGAAACUGAUUGGUCGUCCCCCCUUAGUUCUUCGAACAUGGAGAACCUGCUUCAAAAUGACCGGUCGUCAAAAGAUGGCGACCGGUCGCCAGAGGAAAAUGAUCAGUUGUCUCCACGUUGUCAAACUUAGGAGGAGAAAAUUGAACCGUUUUGUGAGAUUUUGCCCUCUCUGGAGAAUUCUUCAGCUCCAGUACCAUACUAAUCACUUGUUGAGGAAGUCAAUCAGCACAAAGCCUACAUAUCAGCUUCUAGAAAGGAAGAACCGUGGCAAACCUCGAGUAGAAAAUGAAGCAUAUCUUAAAGCCAAAGGGAAAUACCCUAUCAAUAAUUAUAUAUCUCUCAGCAGAUUUUCAGACUCAUGUAUGCACUUUGUGAAACAGUUGGCUGACAUACCUGUCCAUAACAGUGUGACUGAAGUACUAGAAGACCCAAAAUGGAAAGAGGCCAUGAAUGAAUAA